CGGGCCGGCCCUCCGCCAUCUCCCCGCCCGCACCGGGGCCUCGGCCGGCUCCUCAGCCGGAGGAUCCCCCCGGGACGAUCCUCCCCGGACGCUGAGACAAAAAGAUGCCUCGGAGAAAGAAAAAAGUUAAAGAAGCCUCUGAUUCAGAGAACCUGGAGAAGAAGGAUGCAGAAACUACCAGUUUGGCCAAUAUGAAGAAGAAACGUAAACUUGAGGAUGCAUUCAUUGUGAUAUCUGAUAGUGAUGGAGAGGAACCAAAGGAGGAGAAUGGAUUGCAGAAAAUGAAGACAAAACAGUCAAAUAGAGCAAAGUGUUUGGCUAAAAGAAAAAUUGCACAGAUGACAGAAGAAGAACAGUUUGCUCUGGCUCUCAAAAUGAGUGAGCAGGAAGCCAGGGAAGUCAAUAGCCAAGAAGAAGAAGAAGAGGAGCUUUUGAGGAAAGCCAUUGCAGAAAGCUUGAAUAGUUGCCGGCCUUCUGAUGCUUCAGCUACCAGAUCUCGACCUCUGGCCACUGGAUCAUCUUCACAGUCCCACCAAGAGAAAACCACAGACUCUGGGACCACUGAAGGCAUAUGGCAGCUGGUACCUCCAUCACUGUUUAAAGGCUCACAUAUCAGUCAGGGAAACGAGGCUGAGGAAAGAGAGGAGCCUUGGGACCACACUGAAAACAAUGAAGAGGAGCCGGUCUCUGGCAGCUCAGGAAGCUGUGACCAGUCAAGCCAGCCAGUGUUUGAGAAUGAGAACGUUAAAUGUUUUGACAGAUGUACUGGCCACUGGGCUGAGAACACACAGUGUGGGAAGCCACAGGAAAGUACUGGGAGGGGUCUUGCUUUUCACAAAGUUGGGGACACAUCUAGGCAUGGUCUGCCUACCCCAGCAGAUUCCAAAAGUCUCCAGGACAUUGGGGCCACUGUGCACUACUUCUGGGGUAUUCCAUUCUGCCCUUCUGGAGUAGAUCCUAACCAGUAUACCAAAGUCAUUCUCUGCCAGUUGGAGGUUUACCAAAAGAGUCUGAAAAUGGCCCAGAGGCAGCUCUUAAAAAAAAAAGGGUUUGGGGAACCAGUGUUACCUAGACCUCCUUCUCUGAUCCAGAAUGAAUGUGGCCAAGGAGAUCAGGCUAGUGAAAAAAAUGAAGGCAACUCAGAAGAUAUGGGAGAUGAAGACAAAAAGGAGAGGCAGGAGUCUAGGGCAUCUGUCUGGCAUUCAAAAACCAAGGAUUUCCAAGAAAGCCCAGUUAAAAGCUUGAAAGAGAAACUUUUGUUGGAGGAAGAACCAACAACCAGUCAUGGUCAGUCUUCUCAAGGAUUAUUUGUUGAAGAAACUUCUGAGGAAGGAAACUCUGUACCUGCCUCACAAAGCAUUGCUGCUUUGACUAGUAAAAGAAGCUCAGUCCUUAUGCCAGAGAGUUCUGCAGAGGAAAUUACUGUGUGUCCUGAGACACAAAUAAGUUCCCCUGAAACUUUUGACCUUGAAAGAGAAGUCUCUCCAGGUAACAGAGAGACUCCAAAGGAACUAAGAAUAAAAAUGGCAGAUAAGGAGGUUGGUAACAGGGAAGGUACUAAGAAGAAAAUGCCUGCUUCUACCUUUUCAUCCAGUGUCCAGGUAUCCUGCCCACUGUGUGACCAAGGUUUCCCACCCACUAAGAUUGAGCAGCAUGCCAUGUACUGCAAUGGGCUGAUGGGACAAGAAAUAGUAUUGACUCGGAGGCAAAAAGAAGCUAAGAGCAAGAGCAACAGUGGGACAGCUGCUCGCACUUCCCUAGACAUUGACAAGAAUGAAAAGUGUUAUCUCUGUAAAUCCCUGGUCUCAUUAAGGGAGUAUCAGGAUCACGUAGAGGCCUGUCUCCAACUUGCAAGGAAUGACAAAGAUGAUGGGUCUGAAGAAAUUGAGAGAGUACAAGUAACUGUGGAGGGGAAGCAACAGCAGCUUAAGAACGCAAAGGAAAAAAGUCACAGAGAAGGCCAUCUCCUUAAUCUCUUGGGACGGUCCAAGCAUGAGACUGCUGAUGCAGAGAUAAAAGCCAAGCCUUCAGAAGUAAGAGCCUUCAGGGUGCCCUCACCAGGGUUGGAAGAGGCAGGCUUCAGCAGAGAGAUGCAGAGUCCCCUUGCACAUCUUGACUUAAAUGACUCUCCUAUCAAGUCUUUUGUUUCUGUAUCAGAAGCCACAGAUUGCUUAGUGGACUUCAAAAAGCAACUUAAUUUCCCAUCAGGUAGUCGGACAAGGACCAAAGCAGGCAGAGGAAGAAGGAGAAAAUCCUGAAUUUCUGGAUUCCAAGGUUGACCAAGCCAAUAGCAGUAGGGGUGGGCCAUGUUCAUUAAGCCUUACUGGCCUCCAAUUCUUUGUUGAAUAAGUUGCAGCUCACAGUUUUCACCACCAGCGCCCAUCCAGCAUUUUUGUUUUUAUGUUUUCUAUAAUCUAUACC